CAACGAUUGGUCGCAUUCACGCAUUCGAUGCCUUUCACUUUCCCAUUGGAUGAAGUGACUUUUACAUGACGUGCUGUUCGUGCGCAGUUACCCUGACCCCGAUGACAAUCAGUUCCCUCUCACUUUUUAUUGGCCGCUAGCUAGAGAUAGAGGCGUUUCUGAAUCAGCGCACUUGCGCUCCAUUGGCUGUUUGUUGUCUAGCUUCGUAUUGAUUGGCUGUAGGCGAGGUGCCAGGCUCUCACUGGUCGCUCUGCGUCGGCUCAGUUGACACUCGCUUACUCUCUAGCUCCCUGAAUUGGAGGGUCCAUGUCUGCCGCGCACAGGCCUGUGGAGGGAGGUGGGGGAUACUAUGGGGGUGCAGGAGCGGAUGUGCUGGCAAGACAGCGGGGGGAAGGUGAGGCAGAGUGGAGAACUGGCUAUUACCCACAGGAGGCGGAGAGAAGCUGGGCCGGAGGAGGGACAGGGGGAGGAGCUCCUGGAACUCAGAACUCAUCAUAUCCCGGCUACAAUCCAAACUGGUCCUGUUCUGGCCAUCCACGGCACCCAUAUCCCACUAACUACCCUGCUAGAGAUCAGGUACAGAGGAUGGAACCCUACACAAAUGGCUCCUAUGCAUCUCCUUAUGCCCCAGGCUCUAUGAAUCCCCCUUAUGCUUGUGUCCCCCAGCCAAAUCAAUACUACCCUCCUCCUUCACAACCCCCUUAUUCAGUCGAUCCCUACAAGCAGUCGGGGGGGAACCCUCAGGCACAGCCUCAGUGGGGUUACCCUCCUCAACAUGGCUAUCAUGGUGUCUCCCAACAUCCGCAGGGAUACUCACCAUAUGCUCCUCAUCAGCAGGAGACAGUCUCUGCCUACCAGUACCGAGAAGCAGCCUCUGGCCUCCACCAACCAGCAAUGCCUCAGCACAGUCCCCAAGGUGAAGGCUGGGUUUAUGGAGUCCCCAACCCUUACCAUUGGCCCACUGCUCCUCCUGCUCACCACAAUCCGGCCAACAGCCAUUAUGUCCCUGGGGGCAGAGCAGGGUGGCCUGGAGCAGACAUACCAAAUGCUUCGUAUGAUAUAAAGGAUCCAUCACAGGCAUCUAAUUACAACAGACAAAGACCUCCUUAUCAGUCAUACCACCCUGAGACACCCCAGACCGUCACACCUUCAGAACCUAAGCCCAAUCCUCCAACUCCACAUUACAGCAGCUCCCCCCAAAUGUACCAUAGGAAGGAACCUCCAAGCCAAGAAUCUGCCAGCAGAGCCAAAGAAGCUGAUCCUGACCCCAUGCGCAACCACCCGGCCAUUGUUAAAAUCAUCCAGAUUUUAGAGAAGGUGGUGGAUCUGGAGAGAGAGGUGGAUGAAUUUGUGGGGCGGAAAACCGACAUGAGUUACCGAUAUUUGGAAGAGCUGCUGACCAAGCAGUUAUUGGAACUAGAUUCUGUAGAGACUGGCGGGCAGGAUAACAUCCGUCAGGCCAGGAAAGAAGCUGUGAACAAACUGCAGUCCAUCCUAGAAAGACUGGAGCGAAAGGGGUUUUGAUAAGACAAAAACCCUGCAAGAUCCCUUGGGAUAGACUGAAGCUUCUGUGGAACUGUUUGGGACAUUACAUUGGGAAAUUAUAGGAAUAUAUGGAUUCUGAUGACACCACCAGCAGCCAUUAGACUGAACUGUGUGCAUCUGAGAAAAGCAUGUAAAUAAAGCACUAGACUUGCCCCGAUAUCACAGGAAAUCCUAAUGGCAGAAGCAGUGUUUGGAAUACUGUGGGGGAAAGGCACACAAUUUACCCUGCCCACCCAAGGAAUUAGUUACUAUGACAAUAAAAUGGCUAUUGGUACUAGCAAACUUGAAGAAAACAUCCCUGUUAAGACUUGAAUGGAAAGUUUACGGUACACUGCCAUCUGCUAUAGCCUCUGCUUCAUCCCAGCUCAGAAAGCAGAAAGUGUUGGUAUGUUUUAUUUCCCCAUAGCUAGUAAUUACAUCUGAAGGAAUAAUCUACUUUGUGCACAGAACUUUCCUAGGAGUGAGAGAUGCCAAAGUGCUCCCCUCUUCAUAGAUAACAGCGUGUCAAUGGAACCAGAUACACGUUCUGUUACUUCCAUUAACCUAUGGAAAAUUCCUCCACCGAGGGAUGCGAAAAUGUUAGCCACCCCCCAGUGAUUGUAUUGCGUUACCUGUUAUCCAGACUGGUGCUCUUGAUAGUAAAAAACCACACCUGCCUAGGUACAUGCAGGGCAACGAUCCUCUUUCAUCCUUUUCUUCGCCCUGGCUGCGCAGUAGAGUGAAAAGCCGAACCUUAACCAAAACGUCGUCAUUUUUUUUUUUUUUACUCUACUGCUCAUGAGUCGGCCCCGGGAUUACAUAGAAACGAGAAGGAAGGAAGAGCAUCGCUUGUUUGCAUGUACUCUGGGCUGGUGCGUUUUUUUGCUAAUAGAAGCACCAGCCCGGGGUAUUGGGUAAGUGAUUGAUUGCAAUCAGUGGGGGGUGUCUAACAUUUGGCACCUCCCUAGUGAUUUUAACUUUCCUUCUUUAAGUGCCUGUCCCGGCACCAUAUUUCACAAGUUAACCUUUACUAUGUUAUAGAAUAGCUGGUUCUUAGCAACUUUCAUUGGCCAACCAGCUUUCAAAUGAGGGUCACUGACUCCUGCAGUAAAAAAACAAACAAACUAUUGCUUGUUGAGACUACAAUGUCAUUGUUAUUGUUACUUUUUAUUACUUAUCUUUUUAUUCAGACCCCCUCCUAUUCAUUUUCCAGUUUCUCAUACAAACUACUGCCUGGCUGCUAUGGUAACUUGGGUCCCUGGCAACCAUAUAGCUGGUAAAAUUCCAAACUAGACAGUACCUGGAUAAAAACCAUAAAUAAUAAUAAAUGACAACCAAUUGCAGAUUGCUUCAGAACAGCGCUCUUUACAAAAAACUAAAAGUUAAUUUAAUGGUGAACAACUCCUUUAAGCAGUAGGGCAGCCCCUACCCUUAUCUGUUGGUGAGUAUAUUACUUGUGCACACAGUAAGACCUAUGGCAUACGUAACGUUCCUCCACCAGCGCCUUUUAGCAACUGUAGAAAUGCCCAAUACCUCUUUGUGCCUCUUUGUGAAAGGCAGAUUUCAGCCAAAUAAAAGCUGGUACCUGCCAUUUGUGACAGAUGGGUAUGGAGCAUUUCCCAGUGGAAACAAUUUAAAUGUGAGUUUCUCAGCUGGCAGAAAAGUGACAAAAACCAUCUAUCUCCUGUGGCUCACAUUCAUUUGAAGGGAAUGAAAUGGCAGUAAAUUUAGGAAUUAUGAUAGAAUUACUCAAAAUAACCUGCUAUGUAAUAUAUGUUUUCUGGUAUUCCUGGCCAGCUCCAGUACUCCACAAAGUAAAGUGCUUACAUUAUCUGCAUAGUGAAGCCAAUCAGAAACAAGUAUGCUUAGUGUGAUACAGUGUGUUACAGUGAUGUCACACCUAGGCAUUGUGUAUACUCAUUGCAAUUGGCUCCCACUCCCCAGCGUAUAUAGAGCAGCGAUCAAUCACUUUUACAGCAGGAGCAUCGUGGGAGUGGUGAAACCGGGGCUACCUGAGGUCCUAUCUGUUGAUAGGUUAAAACUGUAAUAUAAUAAACUUACUGGCACUCCUUUCGGGAAAUGCCUGAAAUAACCAGUAUAAAGAAUAAGUAAACAUUUCUCUAAAAUGACUCUAAAUAGUGCCCAGAUUAACAUACCUUUCUCCCUCCAUCGAGUCUCAUGUAUAUUCUAUAUGACAAACCGCAGCUCUCUCAGCUACUUCCUAGUUUAGGGUGAAGCUCCACCCCUUUUGUUUCUGAACUCUCCUCUAUCUGACUGUACAGACGGUUGAAGAGAUGCUUACUGCUCAUGCUUGCCGCCUUUGCUCCAAUAGAAAUCAGUCAGGUAUGCGCAGCAGGCACCUCUUCGACUGUCUGCGCAGUCAGAGAAAGAUGCAGAGCCCACAAAAGAAGAGGGGUUAGAGUUUCACGCUAGACUAGGAAGUAGUAGAGAGAGCUGAAGUUGACCAAGGUGUGUUAUUCUUGGAGCUGUAUAGAGUCUUUUUAGGAGAUUUAUGAUAAAAGGCUUAUUUAUCCUUUAAAGUAUUUCCAGGCUGUAAAGCACCUGCACCAGAAAUUCAGGCAUUUCCCGUUCAAGUAAGUGAGAACCAAAAGGUGGUUUGUGUUGCAUUUGUGGUACUGAGAACCACUACGUGUGCCAUCAGCCUUACUAGCUCGGGUCAUGCUAGCAUUGUUUGUCUGUCAGAGUUUCCACCAAUGGGGAUCAUGCUAUAUCUGCUUGCUGGGUUCAGAUCUGCAGAGUAGGGUUAGGGACCCGUCUGACCUGUGGGUAAAAAAAAAAAGCCAUUUAUUUCUAAAACAGAUGAAGGGGCACAGCUAUCUUCAUUUGGUCCCCUUCCAUCUUUAGCCUUGUGCUGUGGGAAUCCUAUUUAUAUUGUAUAGCGUAUGCAGAAUGGAGGCCAGUAUGGGAACCUACAGACUGUGGGGUAUUUUGUUAAAAAAAAACAAAAAAAAAACGAGACAAUCUUAGAUGUUGUUUGCAAAGGUUUCUACUGAUCUAGGAAAAAGGCGAAUUAUCUCAGGAAAAGUGGUGUUGGCACGUGAGUGAUAAUGUCUGUUUUGGUUGUCUGACGUUUAUGCAAGGUUGAUAGAGCCACGUACGGUGCAGUGUGUAAGGGAGAAUCCACUGUCACCCUAACAUACCCUUUGGGGCUCACAAAGCACGGUGCUGUUUUGGGCUAAAGGUUGUUAGCUUGCACUGGGGGAAAUGUAGAUUACCAUGUAUAAAAUGUAUAAAGAAAGAAGAAAUCCGUUACAUUUGCUAAAUAAAGCCAUAUUUGAAUGAAUGAAAGAAAGGCUUGUCCUGCUGGUUACUGUAUUAGUAUAUCCUAUGAGGCCCAGCAUUCUUGUUGCACCGGGUCACUGAAUGAAUGGGACAAGCACUCGGGUCACUGACAGAUCUGCUCAAUAUAAAACUGAGCCAACAGGGCCCAAACAUGGGCUUCUAACUCAGUAUUUGCCUCCUUCUGGGCACUGGGAAUUGUUCACCUCUGAGUUAACUUUUAAUUUGUUAUAAAAUGGCAAAUUCUCCGCAACUUCUCAAUUGGUCUUCAUUUUUUAUCAUUUCGGAAUUAUUUGCCUCUUUCCAGCUCUCAAAAGGGAGUCACUGACCUAGGCAGUCAAAACAAACUAUUGCUACAAUUUUAUGGUUAUUGCUACUUUUUAUUGCUUAUCUUUCUGUUCAUUCCUCCUAGAAUAUAUGUUCCAGUAUCUCAUUCAAGCCACUGCCUGGUUGCUAGGGUAAAUUGGACCCUAGCAACCAAAUAGCUACCAAAGUUCCAAACUGGAGAGCUGCUGAACAAAAAACCUAAUUAAAAAACCACAGCAAAUAAAAAAUGAAGACCAAUUGUAAAUUCUGUCUAAAUAUCGCUCUCUACAUCAUACUAAAAAAGUUAUAGGUGAACAACCCCCUUAAAACAUCUGGUUGCAGAGAUAGCAGCCUUGUUUGUAAGUGGUUUGCACACUGGAACAUCCAGCUAUUGGACAUGACUGCUAAAUAAAGGUGGAUCUGUGUCUCCA